AUGCUCAUUCAGAGCCCGCAGAGCCCGCGCUCCAAGUCUCCAAAGAGCCCUCGCGGGAUCCUCAAAAAGUCGCCGACUCCCCCAGCAGCCCCGCUGCCAAAGGCGGUGGAGAGAACGCUGUCGCUCUCCGAGACUUCCAACCACAGCGAGUCUUCCAACCUCUCCGAGUGCUCGAGCAGCUCGCCGCGCCGCCGCCGCAGGGCAAUCAUCCUCGACCGGCCAUCCGCCGGGAGCGAGACCGAGUCCUCCGAUUAUGAGCUGAUAGAUGGACUCGCGAGCGCUGCGGCGGCGCUGAAGGCGGCCGUCGAGGCGGAGGACGUCGAGGCGGCGCGCGCGCUGGUGCACGAGCACCCCGCCGCCGUCAAGCAGUGGCGGGAGUGCCGCACGCUGCUGCACGAGGCGGCCUCCGACGGCAACCUCUCCCUCAUUAGCCUGCUGCUCGGCGCGGGCGCGCCCCUGUGGCGGGCGGACGAGGAGGGGCAGACGGCGCUGCACGCGGCGUGCGCCUCCGAGCAGGUCGAGGCGGCGCGGCUGCUGUCGGAUCAGACGCCGUGCUGGGAGCUGACG